CCGUACGCCAGGGCUAAUUUUUGGCAGUUAUUAACUUUAUCAUGGAUGACCCCUCUGGUAUGGCUGGGCUACAAACGACCUAUAGAAAUGGAAGAUUUAGGACACUUACCAGCUGUUGAUUCCUUUGAUGCCAAUAUUAACCAAUUCCAGAUAUUAUGGGAUAAAGAGGUAGCAGCACAUGGAAUCGAAAAGGCUUCUUUGGGUCGAGUUUUAUUUCUUCUUGUGCGGAAAAAAUUGCUAAAAACAUUUUUGAUUUACUGUCUUGUUCUUACCUGCACAGUUUUGGGACCACUCACUAACCUUUAUGCCAACGAUGCACAAAGAAUGUUUGAAGCCGUUUUAUAUUUUGCUUUUAUAUCAGGUGCACCAAUUAUACCACUAUGCGCACUAAUUUAUUUAACAAGCAUUGUCGGCCCAGCUGCUAUUGUUGGCUGUGUAACCUUUGUGUUAUUCUAUCCAAUUCUGAUUGGAGUAGCUCGGUAUAUAAGUAAACUAAGGCGAUCUACAAUCGGUGUAACGGAUAAAAGGAUUCGGUUAAUGAACGAGAUUUUGACCAAUAUCAAACUAAUCAAGAUGAAUGUCUGGGAAUCUCUAUUAAUCCAAAGGGUAAAAGAAGUUAGACAAACAGAAACUGAGAGACUGUCCAAAGCGGCACUAACUCAAAGUCUGAGUAUAUCAGCAAUGCCAAUAGUACCGGUCAUCGCUAGUAUUAUCACUAUUAUAACUGCUUUUGGUCUUGGAACAGGCUUAAAAUCAUCGCAGGCAUUUGCAGUAGUCUCUAUGUUUAACGCAAUGCGAUUUACAAUGACGACUCUACCGACUGGAAUGAAAGCGGUUGCUGAAGCAAAUAUUGCACUAGGUCGAAUCAAGAAUCUACUAGUAUUGAACGAGUACGAGAAAUGCAUAGAAAGAUCAGGUGAUGAUGACACUGCAAUACAUAUUACAGAUGGAACAUUUGCAUGGACUAAGACAGAAUCUGAUAAAAAAGGCAGGCGACGAUCUUCAGUCUGGGGAAGACCUGUAACAGGUAACCUUCUCGCGUUGAACUUUUCCGAAAGAAUUUUAAUUAAUUUUAAACAAAUUGUGACAAAAUCUUUGCAUGAUGCAAAAAGACUACCAGUCCUAUUCGAUAUUAAUUUAGCAAUCAAAAAGAAUAUAAUUACCGGUAUAUGUGGCCAUACAGGAUCAGGAAAAUCUUCCUUGAUUGCAGCAAUCUUAGGAGAGAUGCAUGUUUGCUCUGGUGAAUCUCAUGUUACAGGCACAAUUGGUUACGUUCCGCAACAGCCUUGGGUAAUGAACGCCACAAUAAAGGAUAAUAUACUCUUUGGAGUACCUUUAGACGAGCAAAGGUAUGAUCAAGUUCUAUCUGAUUGUUCCCUAGUCGACGAUUUGCGCCUUUUACCUGAAGGAGAUGAAACAAUAUUAGGAGAUCGUGGUGUCAAUCUAAGUGGCGGACAAAGGCAAAGAAUUAGUUUAGCUAGGGCACUCUAUGCUGAUAAAGAUAUUUAUUUGCUAGAUGAUCCACUGAGUGGUGUAGACUUAGAUGUAGGCAAUCAUAUUUUUGCAAGUUGCAUUCAGCGAUCGAUGGCUGGCAAAACCGUCGUCUUAGUAUCACACCAAAUGCAGUACAUAAAGCAAUGCGAUCAUAUCUUAGUAAUGGAAAAUGGAAUGAUAGUUGAACAAGGAAAGGAUUCCAAUUUAUUGGAAAAGCGAGGAGUAAGUUACUUGCGAUUAGCCGCUUACUACGACAUGUUAACGCUGUUUGGGACUGAUAUAGAUAAAAUAGAGAGGACUGAUGAAGUAAUUGCUACCAAAAAGCCAAGCUAUCUAGAAACUGAAAGAUUAUCAUUUAAUACAGGACAGACUUUGCGAGCUAAUCAAAAGAGAGAAAGAUACCUAAUUACUUUUGCUACACUUUUAGGACGGACUUUUACUGUCGAAUCGAGGUUAAAAGGUCAUGUUAGUGCGGCCAGCUAUAGAAUGUAUAUUAAGUGCGCUGGAGGUUAUUUUAAAAGCUUUAUCGUCAUUAUGAUGUUUGCCCUAUCAAUAGGAGCCAAAGUAUUUAACGAUUAUUGGCUUUCUGAGUGGAUUCGAUCUGGAUUUACAGUGAAUAAUACCCUGCAAGAAUCAGAUAAUGAGUUUUCCAAUGGUACAUCCACAAUUACCUUUCAGCAACCUCUUAUGUAUCUCCUUGUUUACUGCAGCGCUGCGGUCUUUAUGAUUAUUCUACUCUGUUUCAAAGGAUUGACAUUUACAAAAGCUACACUACGGGCUUCGACAAGGAUUCAUAAUCAAGUUCUAGAAGCGAUUAUGCAAUCUUCAAUGACAUUUUUCACAAGUACACCUGGUGGUCGAAUCCUGAAUAGAUUUUCUAGAGAUAUGGACGAUGUUGACAUUCGCUUACCAAUGUUCACUGAAUUGAUACUGCAAAAUAUAUUCCUGAUCAUCUUCUCCCUUGGCGUCAUUAUUUCUAUCUUUCCAUGGUUUCUCUUGGCAUUAAUACCACUCGUAGUUAUAUUCAUCAUUAUUAAUGUGAUUUUUAAAGGCAGCCUACGAGAGGUAAAACGAUUGGAUAAUAGAAGCCGGUCACCAGUCAUUUCUCACCUCUCAGCAACUAUAGCGGGUAUAACGACUAUUCACGCUUUCGAUAAGACAGAAAACUUCUUAGACAGAUUUCGUAAAUUAGUCGAUAAAAAUUCGACAACUUUUGUGACUUUUCAUUGCUUACAUCGAUGGUUAGCCGUCAGAUUAGACUUUGUGGUUACAACUUUCGUCACCAUUACGGCUAUUUUCGUUGUAGCUCAGCCAAAUGAUGCUACGCGUGCUGGAUUAGCAUUAUCGUAUGCCUUUCAAUUGACCGGAAUGUUUCAAUAUACUGUUCGCAAUGCAGCAGAAGCAGAAGCUAGAUUUACUUCGGUUGAGCGCCUUCGCGAUUAUGUUGUGAAUACUGAAAACGAAGGAAAACGACAUACGAAAUUAAUUCAACUUCCAAAGAAAUGGCCAUUUGAGGGCCAGGUUACAUUUCAUCAGGUUCAGAUGCGAUAUCAUCCGGAUUUGCCGCUAGUUCUUCACGAUAUGGAUUUCCAUAUCCGAGCGGGCGAGAAAGUAGGCAUCAUUGGUCGCACAGGAAGUGGCAAAUCAUCGAUUGGCGCUUGUAUGUACCGACUAGUCGAAGUAGAAAGUGGAAAAAUUAUCGUAGACGGCGUCAAUAUUUCUAUGUUAGGUUUAGAUGACCUUCGCUCAAACUUGUGUAUUAUACCUCAAGAUCCACUUUUAUUUUCUGGCACACUAAGAAAGAACCUCGAUCCUUUCGAUGAACAUAGCGAUGAAGAAGUUUGGGAUGUUUUAGAAAAAGUGAAUUUAAAAACCAAAUUUGAGAGGUUAACACAUCGAUUGUAUACUGCAAUUAAAGAAAAUGGUAAUAACUUUUCAGUUGGAGAAAGACAGCUGCUGUGCUUAGCGAGGACGCUGCUUAGACGCGGCAAGAUUGUAAUUCUGGAUGAAGCUACGGCUUCUAUGGAUAGUGAAACUGAUAAAUUAAUCCAAGAUACGAUAAAGAACGAAUUUCUUGAUAGUACUUUGUUAAUUGUUGCUCAUCGAUUGCAAACAGUUAUGGCAUGCGAUCGUAUUUUAAUCGUUCACGAAGGGAGGGCGGUUGAAUUUGAUGAGCCACAAAAGCUAAUAGAAAAUUCACAAUUAAAAUUGAAUGAAAUAAUCGAUAACCAAGAGACAGCCCCGAUAUUAAAUGGCAAUUUAGCAAUGCAAACGAUCCCGGUUCCUAACCAUAAUGCUAAUCAUCCUGAAGCUUGA